AUGUCGAGUGAUAAUGAAAAUCAAAAAUCACCUAAUCGUUUACGUUCACAUUCACGUUCAAGAAGUCCAGUUCGUCUUUCACCAUCACAUAAUAAUCAACAGUUAUCAACAUCAAGAGAUUAUCAUCGAUCGACAUCUAGAAAUAAUAAUGAACAUGAUUUUCAUGCUAGAAAAAAUAAUCAUUAUCGAUCAAGUUAUUCAAAUCCUAAUAACACAAAUGAUCAUCGGAAUACCGAUUAUGAUCAAUUUAAUCAAACAAUUAAUUUAUAUUCAGAUCGAGAACUUGGAUUAAAAUAUCGACGGGAAAAAACAAUUCAUGUUUCAAAUAUUCCUUAUGAUAUGACAUGGAUUGCAUUAAAAGAUUUAUUUCGUACUGAAGUUGGUCAAGUUAUAUAUAUUGAAGUAUUUGAACAAGAUGGAAAAUCACUUGGUUGUGGCUCUGUCGAAUUUCGAACUGAUGAAGAAGGUUAUCAAACACGUCAAGCUAAAUAUCAAACAGUUGAAGGACGUCUAUCUCAAAAGAAUAACAUGCUUCAUCAUCAUUAUAAUCUAUCAAAUCAAUUUGCCGUUUCAGGCCGUUUCCGAUGGCCUUUCAGGCGGCAGGAUGAUCCUCCUGGAUCAUCAAUAAACACACUUGACAAUGUAUCGAAUGAAUUAUCUUAUGAAAUAUUUGGUUAUUUGGAUGGUUGUCAAAUUUAUGAAUCAUUUUCAAAUCUUAAUUACCGAUUUUACCAACUGCUUAAUUCUUCAUGUCUUCUACUCAAAAUGAUAGAUUAUUUUACAAUUAAAGAUGAUUGCUUUGUGAAUAAUUGGAACGAAAUUAUAUCAUACAAUAGUAAACAAAUAUUUUCUCUUACAUUCUAUACAUCAUCACGUAUCAAACAAUUUUUCUCAUCAUCAGCCCAGGUGAAAGAAAACGGCCCGUAA